AGCGCGUUUUUUGUUUUAAUUGCCUGCUGUGGAGCGCGAAGCUUCAGCGACGUGCCACUAAGGCGACUACACCUCGCGAAAACGCCACAGCUAACCCAGCCAUAGGCCCGCUGUUAAACAACUACUGUUGACUUGCUGAUGCGUCUACUUUCCACGACGAGUUCUCUCUAUCUUCACUUUCACAGUCUACUUCAUCCCAAAUCUCGGCGGCGCAUUGUUCUCAAAAUGCCGCCGCAAGAUUUAACACUGCCCAAGCGAAAGCGCGGCAGACCAUCCAACGCGUCCAAGAUAGCAGAAGCCAAUGCCAGGGCGCAGGCCGGCCUACCGCCUCGACCAGCAUCUACAAGAAGAAAGAAGAAGUCUUCCACAUUUAAUACAUCUCAGUAUAUUGCCAGCCGCAGAUCAGCAUUAGAUACAUUUGCCUCUGCCAGUAGAGCUGCAGAGCCGGCCAGACGGCCCGCCGUCGCUGCGGGACGACGAAACAUACCACAACCUACAUCCGGACCUAUCUUUCAGCGCCAAGCUCGAGAUGAUUUCGAUUCCCCAGUCCCUGAGAGACCGCGGCCAGCAACCACCGUCGGUCAUGGAAAUCGCCGAGUUGACCGCGAUGCCGAUUCAGAAGCCGAGGCCGACGACGAUGCCAUGCCGCCCUCGCCUCCCAAAGACUACCCCCACGUUGCCUCUCGUUUCCGACGCGUCCAUGUAUCGAAGAUCAAAAACGAUUGGUCUCCUUUAGCCGAACCGACACGGGUCACGAUCUCCAAGAUCCUUCAGCUCGCUCAUCGUCCGAUUAUACAGCGCCAGGCAAAAAACAACACCCGACGAGCACACACCAUGAACGCUUUGCGCAUUAUCACAGGCCGAAUUGGCAAAAAGAUUUCCCGUGGUCUGCCAUUUCCUCCCGCGUCCAUGACUCCCGUACGUGGACGUGGCUCUGGCGCAGCUGGACGGCCACGCAACACUGUAGACGGCGGUCGCGAAGCUGAGCUCAACUUUGAAAGCGUUUUGGAUGCCAAACGCGCUUUGGAGCGACAGCUUGAUCCGGCUCUUCACGCCAUUGAUCUGUUGGUGCAAGAAAAGGAGCGCCUGCUAGAGCAACUGGAGAUGGAUCGCCAAAAACUAGGAAAUCUCGAGGCUGCAUCAAAAGCACAGGCGCGCGAAAACAGAGAGUUGCUCCGAAGAGCGCAUCCCUUGGCACCAGAUGAACACGCAGAAAAAGGCGAAGAUGGUGAUACCACAGCCUUACCCUCAGAAGAGGCGUCAGUAAUCAACCCGUUUACUCAUCCCGCGAGCAAGAGGGUUGCGCCGUUAAUUCCGGAGCUUGCCAAACACAUGGAAAGCUUGCAGUCAAAUCUCGAGCAGACUAGCGGCCUGAUUCCAGAGAUUGCGCAUAGCAAGGCCGUGUUACAAGACCUGCUUUCUCGAUGUCUCGAUAGCAACACCUAUGAGCGCGUCAUCCUAGGCCCAUAGCAUCAUCGGAUGAAGCAACUACUAGCCAGCUGGCUUUUUUUACUGUAUAAUAACGACAGAGAUGAGAGCGCGGUUGGGGAAAGCGCUAUAUGGCUUGCAAGAGCAAACCAACAUGAUGGAUUACGAUUUAAUGACAGAAUACCCCGUGUAAUAUCCAUAGUUACGUUUUGGAGGCAAUAAAGCACUAGUCUUGAACAAAUGCUGGGCAACUUUCUACGUGCACAAUUAAGAGGACA